CCCAUUGUCUCCGCUACGUUGGACAAAGGAGGCCAGGGCAGCGAGCUGCGGACUGAGAACUUCGAGAACCGGUGUGGUCCCAAGUAUGGCAAGUGCGGAAAGGGCAAGUGUUGCUCAACUGCCGGUAAGUUCUGCGACAGAAUACAUUCGAAUGGGAAGAACGAGACGUGCUGACAUUUCUCGGACAGGCUACUGCGGAUCGAGCAAGGCUCAUUGCCGCUCCCCUGACUGUCAGAUCGACUUUGGUCACUGCGAUGGCCUCUCAUCCCCCGAGGGUCCGUCUACCGAGAAAAUCCGCAGACCGAAGAUUGGCACCGCGCCCUAUGGACCGAAUGUCAUCCGUUCAUGUGCCGUCCCGGGUACCGUUGCUUUGACGUUCGACGAUGGCCCUAGGGAAUACACCGAAGAGCUUCUCGAUCUGCUGGAGAGGUAUAACGCCAAGGCGACCUUCUUCAUUACGGGUAACAACGGCGGCAAGGGACCUAUCGAUGACUUCGACAUGCCCUGGAGCACGUUGAUUAAACGCAUGCGACUUGAAGGUCAUCAGGUUGCCAGCCACACCUGGUCUCACCAGGAUCUCAGCAAAAUCUCGCACGACCAGCGCAAAGACCAGCUCUUAAAGAACGAGAUGGCUCUUCGUAAUAUCCUGGGCGGCUUCCCGACUUACAUGCGUCCUCCGUACUCAAGCUGCCUUCCCGAGUCUGGUUGCCUUGAUGACUUGGGUAAGCUUGGAUACCAUGUUGUCUUGUACGAUCUCGACACUAGUGACUAUGCCCACGACAGUCCCGACGCCAUUCAGGUCUCCAAGGACAUUUUCAACAAGGCUGUGGACCCAUGGAAGGUCACCGACAAAUCCUGGUUGGUCAUCGCUCAUGAUGUCCAUGAGCAAACAGUCCACAACCUCACUGAGCAUAUGUUGCGCAGAAUCCGGGACCGUGGCUACCAUGCGGUGACUGUAGGUCAGUGUCUCAAUGACCCUGAGGAGUACUGGUACCGUGAGGACCCCCACGGGCCACUUCACAUCGACAAGGAAGGCAAAGAAAGUCGCAAGAAGGAUAACAAGGGCAAGUCUUCUACCUUCAAAGCCAUUACUCUGGACGGCACCUGCGGCGUGAAUGUCACAUGCGUUGGCUCUGCGUUUGGUCCCUGCUGCAGUAGUGCUGGUUAUUGCGGCAACUCUACGGCGCACUGCGGUACAGGUUGUCAGUCCGACUUUGGCCGUUGCUUCUGGCCCGGCUCCGACAAGCUUCUUCCGAACGGUACUACCAUUGGAAUCCCGGCUAAGCCCAAGGACACGGCAUCUGGAUGGUUACCGAUCGACAAGGACAAAGAUGCUGCAAAGAGACCGGUGAAGUCGGGAGCCGGCUCUCUUGUCAAGACCGGAGCCUCUGUCACGGCAUUGGCUUUGCUUACUUCCGCAACGGUUCUUUUGACUUGACCAUUUUUAUGACACAAGAGAAUGACUUGUCUGUUGUUGAAUUCGCGCUUGAUGGCUUAUUUUUCUGUUUGGAUUGAAUUUGGGUUUCAGAUUGCACCGGGUUAGUUUGUGUUCCCUCGUUUGUUUGCAGACUUGUGCAGUAGCUUAGCGGAGUUAUUAGAAAAAGAUGAUGCUCGCUUCGAGCGAUUGAUACUCCUGGU